AUGUCCACUUGUCAAGCACAUUAUAUCGUAAUUCUCUCCGAUAAGCCUGAUGAAGACCGCAGCGAUUCCCUUAUCGCAGCACAUCGACGAAUGCCACCAGUGCACUGGCCUCCCGGAUUGCCAGAAUGGGCUUCUUUGUAUCCCAAUGUUGCAACCAACAAGCACAGUUCCAGAGAUAAUCGUCAAAUUGCUCGCUUCUUCAUGAUCGGUACAGGAGCUGCUGGUAAGACGACAGUGGUUCGACAACUGAAAUGUCUAUGCAAAGAACGGCCGAAAAACUACAAGGCAAUUACUUUCACCGAAAUCGAUUUGUUUGUUCCGUUAUCUUAUGCAAACUCUGUUCUCCUGCAGGUCUUCGAUUCACAGUGGAAUGAAAUUCCAGUCGAUAGCAUAUUUUCCAGUGAAGAAAUGUCCACUUUCCGAAAAAUUAUUCGCAAUAACAUAAUGAAAGCCGUGUACAACCUCAUCCAGCAGACGAUUGAUUGGGGCAACGACUGCCAGGCUUCGAAAAGUGUGGAGGCAAUCGUGGCAGUCGUCGAAAAUGGAGCCAAGGAUGGGAAAGACGCUUUCGAGGCAGAUGUCCCGUCGUCUUUAGAAGAUGAUGUGCUCGAAAUACUUCGGGAUCCAAACAUAGCCGAAACGUUGGAGAAGCACCACAAAAUGGCUCGAAAAUGGCGAAUUGAGGAUGGAACGCUGAAAUUUCUCUCGGAAAAGGAAAUCAAACGCAUAUUCAGUGACAAUGUGGAGUUAACAACCAUCGACAUCGUUCAUGCAAGGUACGUCUCUAAACUUGAAAUGAAAUGCAAAUUCCAUGAAUUUGUGGAUAUAGAUGAACCACUCGUUUUCUACAAAUACAACCGGACUAUAUGA